AUGUUAAUAUACACAGAGCAUAGAGCGUUGCACCACUCCCUGGCCCCGAGUUGUAAACAAACCAGGCGAGGGCAAUGGCUGCCUGCCACUCCUCGCGCUCGGCGAGCCGCCGUGCCGACGACGACGCCAUUCAACCGGGAAGUUCACGCUUUAUUUUUAGCAUUUCACGAAACGAGCAACGCCGCACUAACGGAGCUUGCACGGACGCUCAGUCUUAACGGUGGCAUCUACUUCUAG